AUGAUCCUAAAACAUUAUUUUAUUAUUUUAUUGUUUAUUAAUAAUGUAUCAUCCAAGUCAAAAUUUACACUUGAUGAAUUUUUUAAUUAUACUACUUUUACAUCUUUAACUGUUGCACCUGAUGAUGGUCAAUCAAUUCUUAUUCAAACAUUACAUCGUAUAUGGGAUCGAAAUAUUAAUGAAGAACAUCUAUAUUUACAUACAUUAUCAGAUAACAACAAAAAAUUAAUAACAACACAGGGAAGUAGUUUUAAACCGAAAUGGAAAGGUGACUUGAUUGCCUUAAUACUUACAAGUAAUUCAACAAAUCGAGCUAAGAAAGUCAAAACAUCUGACGAAGUACAAUAUAUUCAUAUUUAUUCGAUUAGUACAGAUCAACUAGUUCCUCUUAUGAUAGGUAAAGAAUCUAUUCAUACGUUCAUUUGGUCGACAACAUCGAUGAGUAUUUAUUUUGCAACUCGUACUCCAUGGUCAGAAGAAGAUGAAGAAACAUAUAAAAACGAAUGGAAAGAUGUUAUACAAUACCGUGAACAAUAUCGAGGUGACACUAUCUAUCGAGCUGAUCUUGAAAAUAUGACAUUAACAAGAAUAGUACCAUUGGUCAAUAUCUCAUAUCGUGUUAAUGAAUUGAUUUGUUCACCUGAUGGAAAACAAUUAAUAUAUUCGACAAAACCAGCAUCAUCGAAUUUAGAACGUAUACACGAUUAUGAACUAUUUUUACUCGAUUUGACAAAUCCUUCGUUAUCGAAUCCAUUAAAAUUAACAAAUAAUUCAGCAAUUGAAGAAAAUUUAAAAUGGUCUAUUGAUGGUUUGGUUUUUUUUACAGUUACCGGUAAAGGAUCAGUCGACAGUGAAUAUGAAGAUAGUCAAGGACGACUUUAUCAUAUAAAUAUUAGUAACUAUCGAAUUGAACGUUGGGCAAAUCAAUUCAAAGGACAAGUAAAUGAUUACAUUCUAUUAGAAGGUGGACGACAAGGUGUAGUUAUACUCGGUCAAUUAAGUACCGAAACUCAACUUUAUAAACAACAAUCAUUCAGUUCAGAAUUAAUUAAACAAAAUGGAUGGAAUGGAACUUAUGAAAAUAUUGCUACAGCUUCUAGUGGUAAUAGUUCAACAAUUGUUUUCAUUCAUUCAUCGUAUGAACAACCUCAGGAAGUAUAUUUCAUUAAUAAUAUUGAUCAAUUAAAUAUAGCUUUACCAGUAACUAGCGAAAAUAAAUUAUUUACUAAACGAAAUCUACCUAAAGGCAAAUCAUAUCGAUGGAUAAAUAAAGAUGAUAAAAUGGAAAUUGAAGGAAUUCUUUUAUAUCCACCAGAUAAAUUUGAAGAGAAAAAUUUACCAUUAUUCGUUCUUAUUCAUGGUGGUCCCUACGAAGCAGAUACAAAUAGUUUUCGUCUUGAUUGGUACUAUUGUGCAGCUAUGAUGGCUACUGAAGGUUGGCUUGUUCUACAACCUAACUAUCGUGGAUCAACAGGUUAUGGUGAUGAAUUUUUGCGAAGUAUUCGAUAUCAAAUUGUGUCUAGACCAGCUAAAGAUAUUUUAUAUGGUGUCGAUGCAUUAAUACACGAUGGUAUUGCUGAUUAUACGAAACUUACCAUUGGCGGAUACAGUUACGGUGCGUAUCUAACAAAUUGGAUUAUUACACAAACAACUCGAUUUAAUGCUGCUCUUUCUGGUGCUGGUGCGUCUGAACAUGUUGCUGAUUGGGGAUUAACUGACAUACCUUUAGCGAGUAUUUAUAUGUUCGGUGGAUUUCCAUGGCAAGUACCUCAUUUGUAUCAACAAGAAGCUGCUAUAUUUCAAAUUGAUAAAGUUCGUACACCCACACAUAUAGUGGUACCAGGCAGUGAUAUUCGUGUAGCAACAUCAGAGAAUUAUAUAUUAGAACGAGCAUUAAAUUCUCUCGAUAUUCUAACAAAACUUAUUGUAUUACCAGAUGAACCACAUCUUCUUGGAAAUAAUCCAUGGCAUGAAAAAAUUAAAUUACGAGAAGAAAUAAGAUGGCUACAAAAAUAUGGUCAUAUUUGUGUGUCUGCAUGUAAUGAAACUUUUAAUUCAGCUUCACAUCAUACUUACAUUCAAAUUCAUACAUUCACCUUUUUUCUAUUAGUUCUUCUUGCUUAUUUCAAAAAUUAA